AUGGCGACUAAACUAAAUACUUUACAAGAAAAUUCAACUAUUCGAUUUACACUAAUUAAUGGCAAUUUACCAGUUGCAGUGCAAGUGUUUACUGUUUUGAAUGAUGAAGAAUAUUCAAUAGAAUUUCAUUGUGAGCAUGAAAUCACAAUUGAACGUAUGUGUCAGGUUGCAUGUAAACUGUUAAAUGUGAAUAAUGGAUUUUAUCAAUUGACGAUGGAUGAUGUUAUUUUGGAUGAUAAUGAAAUGUCACUGGAUGCGAUCGAUUCAGAUUCAACCAAUAUUCAAUUACGUUUAGUUUGCAAGGCUGUUAUCAAUAGUUUAAUAACAUAUGAAAAUAAAACAAUUACAUUACCGUGUAAUAAAGAAACACUUGUUUCAAUCGUAUUAGACCAAGUUUGUUCAGCAUUUUGUAUUACAAAAGAAGAUACUUACGUCUAUGAAUUAUAUGCAUUGGAUGCUGAUCAAGCACAAAUUGACUCGUCUAUGACCGUCGAUGAUAUAUGUCGCUUUUUUCCUGCAAUGCAAACAGCAAUACCAUUGUUAAUGAAGAAUAAAAAAAUACUGAAGAAACACUAA